AUGUCUGCCGCAGUCGCGAAGCCCUGGAAGCCUCCGGACAACAAGAAGCUGGAAGAGGCUCUGGGACAACGCCGGGAGUGGAACGGCAUCCAAUCCGCAUUGUUUGCGCUUUCCCUAGAGGAAACCAGUGAGGGCAUCAUCACACCACAAAUUCUAGAGACGGCUGCUCAGACCAGCUCACACGACGACGCGGCGAGGUCCGCCGCGCUAGUGAUCCAGGUCCUCGUGUUGGACGGCACCGGGAUGGACCAGGAGGCUGAUCUUCUAUCACAGUCUCUUCAUUAUUUAGGCCACAACCUCGUUCUCGUUCUUCAACAUUUGGAUGAGAGACGGGUCGUGAAAUCACUGAUCGCCAACCACACACGUAGGGAGGUUCUCGUCGAAAGGGUCGUUUCCAGAUCCUGUCGGGGUAUCCCACAUCUUGAUCAUGGGGCGUUACACGGUGGCGCGUGA